CCGCGCUUGAAGGGCUCUCGCCCGAAAGACUACAACAGAGCCGCCAAUCAUGGCGUCAGCAUUCAAUGGUGCAUUCCUAAUCCUGCUCGGCUGGACAUCUGCCGAUGUCGCUGGAGUCCGGCGCGUGCUGGAUAUAGAGGCGUUGGCUCGAGUUUCUGCUUUCACGCACUUUUCCCCACGGUGAAACGUCGAAGAGAGACUGCGCCGGCUUCUCUCAUACCAUACGAGGGAGUCUUACAGAUCCUCUGACAGGUCAAUUCGUCGAGGCAUCCACAUCUCAAGAUGCACUUCCAGCAGACACAGUCGGCUGGCCCUGGCGCCGAGGAGAAGGAUGCGCCCAAGGUCUUCACCAAACAGUCGUCGAGUCUGCCUUUCGGGGAGCAGUUGUCUCUUGGCUCGAUCAGCGGACCCACGUACCUGACAGCGCAGACUCUCGUCCAGCAGGUCGCGUACGCGUUGUCCGACAAGAUCUUUGCCUACUCGGCCGAGUCGUUCGACCUCGAUGUGGCCAUCAAGAGCUGGCAGGUGCAGGGCGAGAAGAACGCCCUCGGAUACAAGACGGGCGUCUCCUCGCUGGAGACAAGAUCCGGCGCUGGCACAAUCGCGCUCGGCUACCUCUUCUCCAAGGACUUCGAUCUCAGCAAGCGCCACGUCCCCCAGUCGAUUGUGGCCUCCUCGUCGACCCUGAGCUACCUCCGUCCCGCGCUUGACCAGCUGUCGCUCCUCUACUCGGUCGCCAACCCCGUCACCGCACACAUCGCCGCUGUCGACUACUCGGCCGAUUCGAGCGCCGGCCUAGUCACCGACUAUGUCUCGUCGCUCACCCUCGCCGAGGACCUCGGUCUCGGUCUCGUCUGCAGCCCGUCUGUCUUCGAGACCCAGCACAUGGCCCUCUUUGCCACCCUCCUCUCGAGCGUCGUCCCCACGAUCCACACAUACGACGGCGUCAGCGUUGGCCGCGAGACCGCACGGCUGGUCGACACCCUGGACCAGGCCAGGCUUCACAACAGCUACCAGGCUGUCCUGAAGGCUGUCUCCGAAGUCGACAAGAAGCACUCGGACAGCGCCGGUCGCCUUGUCCGCCUGCUCCAGGCCUUCAACGACGAAUUUGGCGAGGACUACCGCCUGUUUGACUACUACGGCCACGAGGAGCCCGAGAGCGUCCUCGUUGUCUUCGGUACCGUCGAGGCGUCGCUGACUGCUCAGGUCGCUAAUGUCCUGUCCAAGGACGGCGACAAGGUCGGUGUCAUCAACGUUCGCGUCUACAGGCCCUUCGUCGAAGAGGCCUUCGUCGAGGUCCUCCCCAAGAGCACUCAGCGCGUCGCCGUGCUUGGCCAGGUCCGGGACGAGGCUGCCGUGCUCGACGCUGCAGAGUACUCUCGUCUCUACUCCGACGUGCUGGCCGCCACCCAGUUCGCCUUUGACAGGACCAUCGACGUCACUGACAUCAAGUACUCGCGCGAGCAGGUCUGGACCCCCAGCAACGUCCUCGAUGUCUUCCGCCAGAUCCACAGCGAGAAGACGGCCGGCGCCGAGUCGCGCUCGCACGUCGACAUUCUGAACACUGCCGAUGUCAAACAGUACUCUUUCUGGGACCUAGACGAGUCCCCGGCCGCCACCGCCCCAGCUGUCGUUGGCAAACUCCUGUCUUCCGACUCGUCCAAGAACAUCUUCGUUCGCGAGGGUCACGACAACCUUGCCUGCGGCGGUGUCACCCGCGUUGACAUCCGCAACGCCGACUACACCAUCGAGGCCCCCUAUGCUGUCGAGCAGGCCGAUGUUGCCGCCAUUGGUGACGUCGCCAUCCUCGACGCGUUCGACGUUCUCAACAGCGUCAAGGCCGGUGGCUCCAUCAUCAUCCAGCUGCCUGGUGUCAAGGACGAGGACCUCGAGAAGAAGCUAUCCCCCGCUUUCCGCAAGGCAUUGGUCGAGAAGGACGUCUCCCUGUUCAUCAUGGACCCCACCCAGUCGGAGGCUGUUGCCGAGGAGGCUACCCUCACCACCUGCCUUUGUCAGUUGGGUUUCCUGAAGGUCGCUCGUCCCGACUUGCUCAGCUCCCACAUGUCCAAGCUUGCAGCCAUCAAUGGCACCCAGCAGAUCUGCGAGAAGAUUGUUCAGCAGCUCGAGACCGCUCUCCGCGAGGUCGAGGUCCCCGCCGCGUGGGGCACUGUCGAGGAGGAUGUUCAGCCCAUCCGCCUGCCCGCCGACAUCAACGUCAACAGCUUCGCGCCCUUCGACCGCACCGAGUCUGAGCCCCCGACACUGCUCAAGAGCUGGCAGAUUGCCGCCAAGGGUCUUGCCUUCAAGGAGGCCUACGGCACCGAGACCGUGCUCCGCCCCGAGCUUGGCGUCAAGACCUCCGUUGUUACCGUCAAGGAGAAGCGCCGUCUCACUCCCAAGAACUACGACCGCAACAUCUUCCACAUCGAGUUCGACCUCGGCGACACUGGUGUUACCUACGCCAUCGGCGAGGCGCUCGGCAUCCACGCUGAGAACGACAAGGCCGAGGUCGAGGAGUUCAUCAAGUGGUACGGUCUUGACCCCGAGGAGAUCGUCGAGGUUCCCUCCCGUGAGGAUCCCGACGUCCUCGUCAACCGCACCGUCUACCAGUCGCUGCUCCAGAACGUCGACAUCUUCGGCCGCCCUGGCAAGAAGUUCUACGAGGACCUCGGCGACUUCGCCAGCGACGAGCAGGAGAAGCUUGCUCUCCAGACUCUCUGCACCGGCGACGGCGCCACCGAGUUCAAGCGCCGUGCUGAAGUUGACACCAUCACCUACGCCGAUCUUCUGCUCGAGUACAAGUCUGCGCACCCAUCCUUCCAUGAUAUUGUCCGUAUCGUCGCCCCCAUGAAGCGUCGUGAGUACUCCAUCGCUUCAUCGCAGCACGUCACCCCCAACUCGGUCACCCUCUGCAUCGUCACCGUCAACUGGGUCGACCCCAAGGGCCGCGACCGCUUCGGUCAAGCGACCCGCUACCUUAACAACCUGCGCGUCGGCAGCCCCGUGACUGUCUCCGUCAAGCCCUCCGUCAUGAAGCUGCCGCCCAAAUCCAGCGCGCCCAUCAUCAUGGCCGGUCUCGGAACCGGUCUCGCGCCCUUCCGCGCCUUUGUGCAGGAGCGCGCGUACCAGAAGCAGCGCGGCGAGGAGAUUGGCGAGGUGAUGCUGUACAUGGGCUCGCGUCACCAGCGCGAAGAGUACCUGUACGGCGAGGAGUGGGAGGCGUACCAGGACGCGGGCAUCAUCACGCUGCUGGGCCGCGCCUUCUCGCGCGACCAGCCCCAGAAAAUCUACAUCCAGGACCGCAUGAGACAGACGCUGAGCGAUAUCCGCCGCGCGUACCUCGAGAAGGAGGGCAGCUUCUACCUCUGCGGCCCGACUUGGCCUGUCCCUGAUGUUACUGAGGUGCUGCAGGAGGCUAUUGAGGUGGAUCACAAGAUGAAGAACCCUGAUGCUAGGAAGGUCAACAGCAGGAGGGAGAUCGAGACUCUCAAGGAUGAGGGCCGCUAUGUUCUCGAGGUUUAUUAGGUGCGCUCGUUGGAUUAGUGCAGAUGCAUUUCUUAUCAGUCGAUAUCGAAUUAGACUUUCUACCUCCCAGCCGUCGUUGUAUUUCGUAUCCCGUUUGUGAAGUGCGAGGCGUCGUUGCUUGUCAACCCGGCCGAACGACGCCAGCCCGCUUCGGCUCUAGUGCGAUCCGACUUCACAGCACUACACUCCGACCAUCGAGUAUCGACCACUUCUACUACACAGACGGUCGCGUCGAAAACCACACAUAUAACCAGAUAGGUCUCACGUCUCACCACGACAUAAAAGCGAUGCAAACAGCGGCGCAGCAGUCGAAAAAUGUUGAUCAAUCAGUUCAAUAAAGACCUUCCAAACACCACUGGCCCAAGAAAGAGAAUGCAAAGAAUGAAUCCACGCUCCCCUUGCUAAUUAGAACCUCAACCGACCACCGCCGCUACCUACUUCGCCUUCGCCUUCGCCUGC